CGAAGCAUUAGCCACUAGCACAACCACAAGCAUAAGCAUAAGCGCGUAUGAGUGGCGGGACUAUGGUUUUGGUUCAUCCACAAGCCAGUACUUUCUUCGUCUUGUCUUCGUUUUCUUCCUCCUCUUUUGUUAGCGGCUCACUCCAGUUUCGUCGUUCUCUCUCUGCAAGUUUAACCCCACCUAGAAUCAGCGCCAGGGAACAUCCUUGUUUCUUCUGCAAUUCUUCGUGGAAAGAGCUCGCUGGAGUGUUACUGUUCUCGGCGUUUCCUUUCGCCGCCGUGAAAGCUAUAGCUAAUAGUCCUCUAGGGGAAUCACUUCAGAGGAAACUGGAGAAGAGAAAGAAAUUCGCUGUUGAAAACUCUUCUAAAUUCAUGGCCUUGGCCCAGGAGGCCCGAAAGCGGAGCUUUUGGUAUGGAGAAGAUCGGCCUGGUUGGCUUGGUCCUAUUUCAUAUGAAUAUCCAUCAUAUCUUACUGGGGAACUUCCUGGAGAUUAUGGCUUUGACAUUGCCGGGCUCGGCAAGGAUCCUGACACACUGCAGAAAUACUUCAACUUUGAGAUAUUGCAUGCUCGGUGGGCAAUGCUUGCAUCUAUUGGUGCUCUUAUUCCUGAAAUAUUGGACCUAUUGGGAGCUGUUCACUUUGUCGAACCUGUGUGGUGGCGUGUUGGUUAUUCAAAGCUCAAGGGAGAUACUCUAGAUUACCUGGGCAUCCAAGGUCUUCACUUAGCUGGUAGCCAAGGAGUGCUUGUGAUUGCUAUUUGCCAAGCCCUCCUUAUGGUUGGACCAGAAUAUGCUAGAUACUGUGGGACUGAGGCAUUGGAGCCUCUAGGAAUAUUUCUGCCUGGUGAUAUAAAUUAUCCUGGUGGAGCAUUGUUUGAUCCCUUAAAUUUGUCCAAAGAUCCUGAAGCUUUUGAGGAGUUGAAGGUGAAAGAAAUUAAAAAUGGACGCCUAGCAAUGGUUGCCUGGUUAGGCUUUUACGUGCAAGCAGCUCUGACGGGUAAAGGUCCUGUGCAGAACUUUCUUGACCACAUCUCUGAUCCUGUCCAUAAUAACUUGAUUGCUUCACUAAGCUUAGUGAAAAUACUCAAUUAAAAAAAGUAAUAUAUUGAAAAAUAAUUUUAAUUUUCUUCUAUUAAUCUAUUUUAUUAUUUGCGAGGGAAAGGGAAUUCAGAUCAAAGUGGGGAUAGCCAGUUAGCCACGGGGAAUUCCGCAUUUUCAUGGGGAAAUAAAUCUAGUUGCAUAUACUAAGAUCUAUUUUAUGAUUUUUGUGGUGUUCCGCUUAAAGGAGUUACUCUCAGUAUAUAAAGGAAACCAUUGCGAUGCCUUUUUAUCUGCC